UCCUGCUUGGUAUGGGAUUGAUGAAGUUGAACUUGACAGAAGGAGGAGAUGCACAAGCACUGCUCGUACUCAGGUGCGCAACAUGAAGAAAACAGUAGUAGCUGGAAAGGAGUUGGAUAUAACAAGCACUUCUAAUGUAAAUGGAAUGCGCCGUGAACUAAUGAGGCUACCAAAUUCUCAUCAGACUGACAGAUCCAAUCAGUAUGCAGCUCAGGACAAUGAUGAUUUCAUAUCAUCAGAAUCAGACAGACAAGUACUUCUCAUAAAGCAACAGGAUGAGGAGCUGGAUGAGCUUAGCGCAAGUGUGGGGAUAAUUGGAGGUGUUGGGAUUACUAUACAUGAAGAACUCCUUGCACAGGAGAAGAUUAUAGAUGAUUUGGGUACGGAAAUGGAGAGUACAUCAAAUCGUCUUGAUUUUGUUCAGAAAAAGGUAGCUGUGGUGAUGAAGAAGGCUGGGGCUAAGGGGCAGAUCAUGAUGAUAUUGUUCUUGGUUGUUCUGUUCAUUGUUCUAUUUGUUCUGGUCUUCCUCACGUAGGCUAAGGAGGAAGGAACCAUUCGGCAAUUGCAUAUACGUGGAAGAGAAUGCUGAUGUUGAAGAAUAAGG